UCAGGUUGCUUCCACUUGCCUAGAUACGACACGAUCGACGCGCCAAAGGGAAGAAGAUGACGCGUCGCGUUGAUCUCCACCUGGUUGCCGGAACGCUCCUCGUCUCCGCCGUGUUCGUCGCGUGCGCCGCCGCCGCCACGGAGUAUGCCCGGCCGCCUCCCGGGAGGGUCAUCUUCACUGAGCACACCAAGCCCGCCUCACAUCCUCAACAGGUCCAUGUGUCGGUCGUCGGGGCGAACCGUAUGAGAGUGUCAUGGGUCACCGAGGACAAGCGCGCGAAGUCCGUGGUGGAGUACGGCAAGGUCUCCGGGAAUUACACGGCGUCGGCGACCGGCGAGCACACCUCCUACCGCUACUUCCUCUACUCCUCCGGCAAGAUCCACCACGUCAAGAUCGGGCCGCUGGAUCCGGGCACGGUGUACUACUAUCGGUGCGGCAUGGCCGGCGACGAGUUCAGCCUCAAGACCCCGCCGGCCGCUCUCCCCAUCGAGCUCGCCGUCGCGGGGGAUCUUGGACAGACCGAAUGGACGGCGUCAACGCUGUCCCACGUCGGCCGGUCCGACUACGACAUGCUGCUGGUGCCCGGCGACCUGUCCUACGCCGACGCCCAGCAGCCGCUGUGGGAUUCGUUCGGCCGGUUCGUUCAGCGGUACGCGAGCCGGCGGCCGUGGAUGGUGACCGAGGGGAACCACGAGGUAGAGGCCGCGAUGGCGCUCCCGGACUCGCCGCGGCCGUUCACGGCCUACGCGGCGCGGUGGCGGAUGCCGUACGAGGAGAGCGGCUCGGCGACCAGCCUCUACUACUCCUUCGACGCCGCCGGCGGCGCCGUCCACGUCGUCAUGCUCGGCUCGUACGCCGACUUCAACUCGAGCUCGGAGCAGUACAGUUGGCUGGCGCGCGACCUCGCCGCCGUCGACCGCGCCGCGACGCCCUGGGUGGUGGUGCUGCUGCACGCCCCCUGGUACAACACGAACGCAGCGCACGAGGGGGAGGGCGAGGCCAUGAGGAAGGCCAUGGAGCGCCUCCUCUACGAGGCCCGCGUCGACGUCGUAUUCGCCGGCCAUGUCCACGCCUACGAACGCUUCACAAGGGUAUAUAACAACGAGGCGAACACGUGUGGACCGGUGCACAUCACCAUAGGCGACGGCGGCAAUAGGGAAGGCCUCGCAUUUGACUUUCGGAAGAACCACAAGUUGGCGCCGCUCUCGGCGGUGAGGGAGGCGAGCUUCGGGCACGGGCGGCUGAGGGUGGUGAAUGCGACCGCCGCGCGCUGGACGUGGCACCGCAACGACGACGCCGACUCCACCGUCCGCGACGAGAUCUGGCUGGCCGCCGACGCCGCGUGCCGGCAGGGCAGCGGCGGCGGCGCAGCGAACUAUCCCGCGGACGAGUUGUAGCAAUGUAUAACGUGGUAGCGCUUGUACGGAUCGGUCGCUAACUUCGGCGCCGGUACAUUGCUUGAAAUCAGUUUGACGUCACGCUUGUUCA